GGACGCCGCGGGAGGGCGCCGCCGAACCACCGGUCCGCCACCGAGGCCAUCGUCGAGGGGACGGCGCCCGGCCGCCGCCCGGCCGACAGGACGCCGCCCAGCCGACCGCCAAGGACGCGGGAGGGCGCCGCCGAGCCGCGACCGCCGGCUGCUGCCGGGUCUCCGAGGGUCGGACGCCGCCCGGCCACCGGCUGUUGCCGGUAGGGUUCCGCCGCCGCCAUGGCUCCCGCCGCCGCCGACUUGGACCGCCGCCGCCUCCGUCCUCCUGGACCACAUCCUCCUCCCUGCUCAGGCCUCCCUCUCACCCGAGGGUGGGGGACGGCUGGCCUUGCCACCGGCACUCAUCUUAGCCAGGACAUGCCCGGUCUUGAUUUGAUGAUGCGGCCUGGGCGCGGUGGUGGAGAUGGAGGGGCAAUCACGGGGCUGUUAGAGCCCCCUGCUGCCAUGUAGAAGGGCAGGGCUCCACGGCGUGCGGCGAUGGUUCCUCUGAUGAGGAAAUCCAACGGAUUAACCGGCGUCGGGGAAUGCGGUGGAGUCGAUGGCGAGUAAUCCGGGGAUGGCGAGGGAGACAAGGCGUGGCGUGGCGGAGAACGACGAGUGUGGGUUGUCCAGCCAUGGUGAGGACAGAAUGACCUCACCACGGCUGGGACCGCCUGCUGCAACCCGUCGGGCUGCAGUCGCACACGUGCAGUCCACCCAUGGGACUCACAGUGUUGUGGCGACUCCACCAGGAUGCGUCCUGGUGCGGUGCAGGGGGUUGGCAGAACCGAUGGACCUUGGCGUGUUGCAAAGGUACUAGAGUUGGUGCUGUCAGCUCGUGUAUUCCCACGAGCACGGGCUCGGCGACGUCGAAGACGACGCAUGGGAGCUCGCAGGAGUUCGUCGAGCUGCUGGUGCAUAAUGCGCCGCAGACCACGUGCUCGGUGAUGACGUGGAAGGGAAGAGUCACCAUCAACGGAAACGGGAUAUCAAUUGGCUCACUAGAUGGGACCUUGUAUUCAAUCUCUCGUAAUGGUGGCAUCAGAAGGUUUCUUGAAACAACAGCUAGAUCAUUGAUCCAUGCAAAUCCUGUCCUUGACUGCUCAGGGUUUUCAGUAUACAUCAGCCAGAUCAUAAUGGAGGCAAAAUUAAGCCGAACCCUUGGUGAUUAUACCUAUGUAUCUGUGAUGAAGUCGUCAAGUGUUUUAUUUAGUUUGUUGACAUUGGCAAAUGGAAGAAUCCACUGGAUUGGAAACUAUUCAGGAGAAUUAUCAAUUUUUCUGUCCAGUACUGACCUGAACAGUUUUGUUCUAGAUGAGACCAUUGUUUUGACUGUUCUUUCUGCAGCCAGAACUGGCAGCAUUAUUCAGUGCUACAUGGCAAGGCAAAGGAUUCCUUGGACUUACAGAAAAGUAAAAGCCAACUUUAGAAAUGAUUCAGGUGUAGUUUUCCCCAUAUUUUUGCCCCCUUCUGUUGUUUAGCUAGGAAUGCAUCACUACCGACUGAAUUUACUUGCGUCCAUUAGGCGAACCCAACAUUUUUGUUGUCUUCUCCUUCAUUCCCAUUGUCAUAGUGAUACAAGUGAUAGCUAUCUGCUUUUGCUCCAUAUUUUGGAGGAAGAAAAAGCUUCAGAACAAUGACCUGCAAAAGUUCCUGGAGAAGAGGGUAAGUGAAUCGGAUGCUGAAUUUAUUUGUCACUUUUACAUUGUUCAGAUUAGUUUUUACUAAACUCCAGGUCACCUCUGUCUUCUGGAAUAUAGCUAGCGCUCUCUUCGCAGUAAGAGGAAAAUCAUGUGCAAUAAUAUAUCAGAGCUAGAGCAGAAGACUGUCCACGACGCCUCCUCGAACUAAGCUUUCGAGCAAUUGGGUGAUAUGGUAAAGGCUAAGCAAUGUAUUGAUAGAAAGCCAUGCACAUCAUACAGCCUUGGCAGGGUUAUGCUAGGCCUGAAGCCUGAUACCAUCCUGCCUUUGUACAAUAAUUCUCCCUCCGUUUCAUAAUGUAAAAUGUUUGACUUUUUGGUUUGAAAUGUUUAACC